ACUGACAGGAAGUCAAAGCCCAUGAGCACUCAGUUAUCUGCAAGGCAGAGCGCAGCCCUGCACAAUUAUGCGAUGGGUGGCUUCCUCAGAUGUGUCAGAGAGCUGUGGCAGAGCUACCAGGGAGGAGAUGACGUGCAGUCAUCUUUACCAACAGUCGACAUGGACGGGGAGAACAUACCUCCGUUGUCAGAAGAAGAAGAAAGUUCAGAAAGUGAGGACAUCAAAGUCGUGGAGAGGAAAUGUUUUGUUGCACCUUCAAAAUCAAAGUGCUCUCAGCCCUGGUACACUCCAGGGAAGAGAGACUUCGAGGUGAAACGACAAAGAAGCUCACAAAGAGCUCGACAAGAAGGAAGGUCACAAGAUAGACAAAGGAAAAAGUUGCAUAAAAUACCAGCGAAAAGGUCCACGUCCAGGGUUACAGCACCAUCUUCAGACACAGAGAGCUCUGAUAACGGGGAUCCUUCUCAUAGAGUUCUGAUGGAGAGAGAGACGAGUGAUAAACACAUGACAUGUGACAGAAGCAUUGCAGCCCACACCAAAACGCCAACGACAAAGACUCGUCUUACCGGAGGAAACAAAGAGAUUCUUCCUCAGGAAAAAGAAAGUGAGGAAGAGCUGUGUGGCGACAGUGAUGCUACAAUGUGUGAGGCGCUCGAAUGGGGAAGUCCGAGGGAAUACACACUAAAUGGCAGAGAACCGAGUCCAAAUGUAACAGAGCCUCCAGCUGAUGUUUUCCAUACGGACAGUCUGUCGGAGACAGGACAGGAAGAAGACGAACCUGAAAGCCAAAGUCUUCUCCAGAGUCUCCCAGACCUUAUAAGUGACACUAAUAAUGAUAAAACCAGAGUAAAGAACAAGAAAAAAGCAAAGGGAGAUGAUGACAGUGUAGAAGGAGGAAGGGGCCAGAGUCAUGAAGAGCCUGAGGGUCUGCACGCUGCAGCCUCUGUGAAUGUGGAGGAGGAAGAGACUCCCAGCCCGUCUGAGGAUCAUCCAGCAGAGCCUCCGGCCCCGCAGACCAGCGACGAGACGCAGCUAAGUGAAGAAAAUCCCUCACAUGAUGAUAUCAUACCGAGACAGGAGGAGAGACUCAGUCCUGGUUCAAAACGGAUGAAGAAGAAGAGAAAAAAGAAGAAGGCAGCAGAUAACAUUAGAGAGGAGGAGGAUGGAAACUUAAAAUCUGAUGUGAGAUCGGAGAAUGAUUCUCUGUUUUCAGUGACAUGUAACAUGGUGAAUGACGGCAAGGAAGAGAAGAAGAAAAAGAGGGAAAGAAGUGUUGAGGAUGAUGAGGGCGUUGAGCAGUUAAUACCUCUGAAUGAAGAUGCAGAGACGGGGAGGAAAAAGAAAAAAAGGAAAAAAGAAAAGCUGACUGUAAAUAUGGAGGAAGAUGAAGAAGAGGAAGCACUGACUUCAGAUCGACCUCUGUCGUCAGAGAGACAGUUGGAGGAAAAGGAAAAUAGUGAUGUUCCUCGAGAAACAUUAGAAAAGAAAAGAAAAAAGCAGAAAAAGAAGCAGCUGUUGGCUUCUCACGAGGAAGCUGAGGUCGGAGCAGACGGUGGUACAGAUCUGAGCUCGAAUAAUGAUGUAACCUUGGAAGGAAGUACAGGACAGUCAGUGAAGAAGACGAAGAAGAAGAGGAGGGAAAGUAUCUGUGAGGGAGAAGAUAUUUCUAGCACCCCUGACAAAAACAAAAAAUUGAAUAAUGCAGGAAAUUGUCAGAAAACAGACGAGGGCCCUGACGACCAAGACACUGAACUGGGGUCUAAGAAAAAGAAUGAAAUGAUUAGCAGAAAUGUCUCAGAAGAUGCUGCGACACAAAGCGAUGAUUCAGUGUCUGUGCGGAAAAAGGAAAAGAAGAGGACCUCUUCCUUCCUCGCUGCUGAUGCAGAGGAAAAAGAGGCUGAAACGCAUGAGGAACAAACAUCUGUAGCUGCUCAUGUCUGGGACGCAGAAAGGCCUGGAGUCAGCGCUGGUGAGUUUCAGACCGAAUCAGCAGAAAUCGCUGGAAACUUGGAGACAUCUAAUGAUGGGGUGAGGAAAAAGAAAAGGAAGAGAAAGAUGUCGAUGGUGCAGGAGAAUGUUGAGGAAGGUCACAGGCAGGAUGUUAAAGAACCAAACGAAACAUGUGAGAGCGCUUUGCCUGAAAACACCAACACGGGGGUAAAAAGAAAAAAGAAACGAAGGAGAAAUGAAAGUGAGUCAGUGACCCCCAUGGAAAGAUUAGACAGUGCAGCUGAAGCGGGAUGUCCUGCAGCUGAUUAGGCCACGGUGUUGAAGAAGAAGAAGAAGAAGAAGGAGAAGACACAGGAGAGUCCACCAGCUGCCACUGACGAUGCUGAAUCAGAGGAAGCUACGCUGAAAAACUGUAGCUCAGUUUCGCACAAGAGAAAAGGCAAACACUCGACUUCUGCUUUAGUCACAAAGGAAAUAGAUGGUGACAGCGCUGAAAUGUCUCAUGAUGGUGGUACCUCUGACAAAACGUCCAAGGAAACACUGAACAUGGCUGAACCUGCUUCCCCAUCUUCAGAAACACCUGGAAAUCCAGAAUUAAAUCAUGUGAGGGAAAAGAAAAAGAAGAAAAAAGGAAAAUCCACUGAUAAUGUUUUGCUCGAGAGGAAACUGUCAACUGAAUCUGUAGAAAUAGAGACACAUAAAUCCAAAAAGAAGGAAAGAAAUAAGACAAGUGUCCCCAGCUUCAUGUCCAGCAGCCCUGUGUUGUCACAGUCUGAGGUGUCCUCCUCAGACUGCAGCAGAAAAAACAAACCCAAAAAGGCCAAGAGGAGACUUCAUAACCCAAGUGAAGAAUUCUUCUCUGAUUAUUAGUGUGAACUUGUUGUUGGGAGUUUGACCAGUGGAGAGAAAUUCUCCCCAACGACGGAAACACGUGAAACAACUGCAGCAGCUACAAACGACAUGAAGCUGAUGUUUUUAAGAGAGUUAAAACGUUGACCAUGAAGCCGUGAGGCUUUCACAACCGCUUUGUUUUGUAUCAAAGCAUUUGUACCAACACGGCUCUCGACCUUUGUGGAGUUGAGAUGAACUCUGGAGAAAUAACAACGUGCUAAAAUCAAAUAUAGAGAUACUUUUUCUUUUUACUUUUUACCGAAAAUGAAAGUUGAAUAAAAACAGUGGGAGUGUUACAGUAUGAGGAGGAAAACAGUUCGUAAAUAAAUCAAAUUAUAUAAAACAUUUAUAAUCCCUCUGUUUCUGGACAAAAUCUCAGAGAAAACCUGAAUCUGUUUUUUAUGUUUUGAAUUCAACAAUCUGAACACGUAGCCUGACAACUAAUGGGCAUGUGAGAGAAAAGGCUUUAUUUAUUUAUUUAUUUUAUUAUUUUAACAAUGUUUUGUUGCUCUCAGUAAGAACAGACUAAUUUUUCCUGGUCCUUGUUUUGUUUUGAGCGUGCUUCUGUACCUUUUUAGAAAUGAGAGACAUUUUUAUUUGAUAAUUCAAAGUCAGGAAAAAGUCCCGUGUUGAUUUAUGAGACAUAGCACUGUCGUACAAACCAACUGCUGCUAACAGAAGUUAAUGGUGCUUGGGAACUUCAGCUUUCUUUACUGCUGCAGGAACCUGUUCACUCAAACUGUUCACACCUGUUCGCAGGCUUCAUCUGAGGUGAGAACUACGUGUGAGGUCAGCAGGUGACGCUGUUCCACUGCUGUUGGUAAAACACUUUUAUUAACUGGUGUUUAACUUGUGAUCUGUGUCUUACAGGCACGGUACACUUUUGACAAGCAAAUGUGCUUAAUGUUAUAUUUAUAUUGUACAUUAUAUAUUUAGAUGCAUCAAGGUUUAACAUCAUCUGACUUUUCUACUUGUGUUCCUGUACUGUGAACGCCAUGAAUGUAAUAAAUCCUACAACCUCUAGGAACAGUUGUAUUGUUGGUUAUUUGUUAUUUAUGCUUCAGCGACAGUUUGUUUUAGUCCUAAGUAGGUGAUAUACUGGUAAUCAUGAUAACUGUGAUAAUUGAUAUUGUGUUAAUGAUACACAAAUGAUUAUACAGGGUCUCGGAUGUUUGGCCUUUUCCUUUUCACAGUCCAUUACUUGUAGUUUUACUUUUUGUUCACUUUUGUACUGUUCUGAUCACAGACCCUCUCUGC